AAAAAAGGGAAGGCCUAGCAAGGCCAACACUUUUGGCGAACGUGCUCAAAACGAAACUAGCGGCUGAGGCAAGGCCUCAGGCAAACAUGGCUCCCGUGGCCGGUCGCCGGCAUCCACGGUCGGAGGAGGCAGAAAUUGCAGCAGCCGUCGCUGCCGGACAGGAUGGCGACGAGGAGCCAUCUGUGGAGGUGGCGUUCGUGGGGCAGCCGCCACCGCCGUGGUGGCGGCAGGUCACGGCGCGGUCGGUGGCCGUGAGCGCGGUGCUGGGCGCCGUGCUGAGCUUCAUGUCGAUGCGGAUCGGGCUGACGGCCGGCGUCGGCCCGACGUUCAACAUCGUGGCCAGCCUCCUCGGGUUCUUCGUGAUCAAGUCGUGGACGCGGCUGCUGGCCCGCUUCGGCGUCGCCUCCCAGCCCUUCACCAGGCAGGAGAACGUCGUCCUCCAGACCUGCAUCAUCUCCUGCUCCACCCUCUCCUUCUACGGUGGUUUCACGACCUACCUGCUCGCGAUGACCGAGACGGUGGCGAAGUCAGCCGGCGGUACCGGCACCGGCAAGGACGUGUACACGCUGCACACCGGGAACGUGGUGGCCUUCCUCGGCCUCGUCACCUUUGCCAGCUUGUUCUGCACUCUCCCGCUGCGGAAGCUCAUGAUACUCGACUACAAACUGAUGUAUCCAUCUGGUUCAGCUAUCGCCGGAAUCGUCAACAGCUUCCACACACCAGCGGGAGCCGCAACAGCAAAGAAGCAAGUGAUGGCCAUGUCCAAAGCCAUUGUUGGGAGCUUCAUGUGGGCAUCCUUCCAGUGGGUUUACACGGGAGGAAGCGGCUGCGGCUUCCAAGAUUUUCCCUUGUUCGGAUUGAAGGCAUAUAAGCAGAAGUUUUACUUCGAUUUCUCCGCAAGUCUCGUCGGUGUGGGCAUGAUCUGCCCUGUCCUCAUCAACUUCUCCAUGCUUUUCGGAUCUAUCAUUACCUCCUUCAUCCUGUGGCCAACCCUCCAGAGCAAGAAAGGGGACUGGUACAACGAUCCUUCGCCGACAAAUUUCAGGGGAAUCAAUGGAUACAAGGUGCCCAUGGGCAUAUCGAUGGUGCUUGGGGAUUGUCUGUUCCAACUGGGUUCAAUCACCAUAAGGGCUGCCAACCACUUCCACAAGAAUCGUCAGCAACGGAAUCCCGGCGGUACCAACAUACCAGCAGAUGGAAAUUCAGAUAAACAAACAGCUCUUAGCUACGAUGAGCAUCGCAGGAACAAGAUCUUUCUGAACGAAGGACUGUCGGGCUAUGUCUCGGUUGCUGGCUACAUCCUCUUCGCAGCCGUCUCAGCAAUCUUCGUUCCACGUAUCUUCCCACAGAUCCGAUAUUACCAUGUGGCCUUAUUAUACGCUGUCGCUCCCAUCCUGGCAUUCUGCAAUUCAUAUGCUUCUGGACUGUGUGACUGGUCCCUGGCACCCGUCUACGCGAAGCUUGCUAUAUUCCUUGUUGGGGCAUGGGUUGGUGAAGCAUCUGGUGGCGCCAUUGCCGGCCUUGCUGCCUGUGGUGUCAUGUUGAUGAUCAUUGGUAAUGCCGCUGAGCUCAUGCAUGACUUCAAGACUGGAUACCUGACACUCACCUCACCACUGUCCAUGUUCAUAAGCCAAGCAAUUGGGACUGCACUUGGUUGCUUGAUCAACCCGCUUGUCUUCCUGUCCUUUGAAAAACUUGUCGGCAAAGAGCAUUUGGGAGAAGCUGGAUCGGCAUUCUCGGCGCCCUUGGCCACCGCAUACCGUGGGCUCGCAGUUUUAAGUGUUGAAGGAACCAAGAUACUCCCAAAGCACUCCAUUGAGUUUUGUGUAGCUUUCUUCCUUAUGGCCUUUUGCUUGGAUUGCCUAUCAGCAGUAGCCAAAGCAAAGAAAUGGAAGGCAAGUAACUACAUUCCAAACGCCAUGGCUAUGGCAAUUCCAUUCUUAAUCGCACCGAAUAUUGCAAUAGACAUGGCCUUGGGGAGUCUACUGUUAGUUAUCUGGAAGAAAACAGAUAAGAAAAACGCAAAUAUGCUUGCAGUUGUAGUAGCAUCAGGUUUGAUCUGUGGAGAUGGACUUUGGGCAUUGCCAUCAGCAUUACUUUCAUUUUUCCAAAUCGAGCCACCCAUCUGCAUGAAGUUCUUGUCUAGUCAUCAGACCAAGCUAAUGCGGGAGCAGUUCCUACCCAAAGUGACUACCUCAUGAUGAUACAGACAAGUACUGACAGAAAUGGCUUGUAAAUGAUUUCAGAUCAUAUUGUUAUAAAGUUAUUUAGUGCACAGCUACACAUGUGAAUUCCUUGAGUCA